AUGUCCGCGAGUGUCCCUAUAGCAAUGACUUUCGGAAUGAUUAUAUCUCUAUUUUUCGUCGUUCCAAUGAUAGAUUCAAGAGGACGGAAAUUUGUCGCCGUUUACAUGAGGUCAGCCUAACUACUUUUGAAAAAUGAUUGAAAGAUCGUGAUUAUAAUAUCUUUUCAGAUUUUUUCUCGGCAGUGCAACGAGCACUUUCUUAGUGUUAUCAGCCUUUCUGAACUCAGCUGAACUCUUCUUUCUUUCGCAAAUUUUGGUCGGGGUCAACUUUUUUAUUCAGUCGUUCGUGACGACCAUGUUCAUUGGAGAAUGUGCAGCAGAUAAAAACCGAGGUUCCUGUCAAUUUUCUUUGAAAAUGAUCGUGUUAAUGAAUGAACGAGUUCAGGGUUCGCGACAACCUUCCAUUCUAUCAUGGACGUCGUUGUUUCUUUGAUAGUGUUCGUUUUUUAUUCUUGAUAUUUUUCUUAUAAUUCAGUAGAUAUAUUCGAUGUUGAUUUGAUAAGAAAGAUACGACCAUUCGUGAAGACACGUUUUUGUUUUUUAUCUUUUUAUCUUUUUUAUUCAUGAAAGAAGCGUUACCGAUAAGACCGUCCAGAGAUCAGGGAGCAAAAAAGCAAGAAGUUCUGAUUUCCUUUGAAUGCAGUCUGUUUUCAGGUACUACGUGAGCUCGCCAAAAGUUCUCGGAAACGAAAAAUGGUUCAUAUACCCGAUUGUGUCUUUCAUUCUGUGAGUUUCAUUCAAAUUGACUAUAACAAAGAACAAUUCGACAGGUGUCUGGCUUUUGUCGUCGCCGCCUCUAUUCUUCCGGAGUCGCCGAAAUAUCUCGUGAAGAAAAAUGAAUACCUUGCAGCUAAGCGUUCCAUCAAGUUCUAUCAGGACAAAGAUGCAGAUCUCGGUGAAUCUCAAAGUUAUUUCUUUGAAUGAUAAAGCAUUACAGAAGAAGUUUUCAACUCUUUGCUUCGCGAAAAUAAUUUGGUUGCGAAAGAGAAACUUUCUUUCCGACAAGUUUACAAAGACAAAACGUUACGUGAAGCUCUGAAAAUCCUUUUCGCCCUCGAACUGUACGAAAUCUUCACUCCAAGUGCUGUGGAAAGAAUCUAUCGAAUUACAUUGCACAACUCUCUCGGCUUCUCAGCAGAACAGGUAUGACAAAAUUACUUAGAAAUUUUUCAAUUUUUCUAGUCUUUGAACCUCAACUUUAUUCUAACUUUGGUUUUCUCUCCAACUCGCUUUGUUGGUAGUUUUCUUAUCGAUAUCCUAGGCCGAAGAUUCAUUUUCUUUUUUUCUGCAGCUUUAAUGUAAGUUUUCAUUUGAAUGAUUAAUAAGUUCUUCUCGGAGAUUCAGGUUUUUGAAGACUGUUUUGAUGGCUGUCGCUCAGUUCUUUGCUUUCUUUGAUGGCCCAAGCACCUUGACAAGAGUAUUCUGUAAGCAAGACCUGGUUGACGGACAAAAAUUCCAAAUUCAGUGGUUAUCAGCGAAGCAAGUUCCGAUCUCAUCUUGGCGACGGGUGUAUCUGUUCUGACGUCGUUGUUCACUCUGGAGCUUUUUCCCGCACCCGCAAGAGUUGCUGUCACUCAGGUUUUUUGUACUCUAAAAACUUCAUGAAGUUUUCCAGGUGAAUAUUUUCAUCUACAUGCUUUCUUCUACACCUAUGAUGGUCCUGUAUCCGAUUCUGAACACAACAUUCCCAUCAGCCUUUUAUAUUCCCCUGAUUUUCAUGCAACUUCCCAUAGUUAUUUAUCUCUACCGGUAUGGACGCAAUAAUUCGUUCUAAAACAGCAAUUCCUCUUAGAAAUAUGCCAGAAACGAAAGCUCGUGCAGUGUGUGACAUUGUUGAAGACAUGGAGCACGUCGUUCGUUCGAGGGUUAGUUUUUUCUCUUCAGGUUCUCAAAAAAAAAGUUAUGUUUUUUAGAACACAACAAUAAAUGAACACGCCCCUCUGAUCGGUAAAACGUAA